AUGCUGCUUGCUGUUUGUUCUUUCUGUUUGAGAAACGUGACUUGCGACUGUAGCGCUGACGCUUCAAACACUAUAGGAGCAGCACAUGUGGAGACCCAGCGUUCAAGCACCACAGAGGGCAGUGCCUAUUCAGCAACAGUCAGUCAGGGCUAUGUUUUACCAGAAGGAAAAAUCAUGCCCAACACAGUAUUUGUUGGUGGAAUUGACAUAAGGAUGAAUGAAGCAGAAAUUCGGAGUGUCUUUGAACAAUACGGUACUGUGAAGGAGGUGAAGGUCAUCACUGACAGAACUGGUGUUUCGAAGGGGUAUGGAUUUGUGUCUUUCCUGGACAAUGUGGAUGUUCAAAAGAUAGUUGAGUCACAAAUCAACUUCCAUGGUAAAAAGCUGAAACUGGGGCCAGCAAUCAGAAAACAGCAAAACUUAAAUUCCUGCGUGCACCCCAGACAAAUAGUUCUUGGUCCUCCUCCACCUCAGUUCCAGAGUGUAUGGGGUAAUCAGAGUGUGGAGACAUACGUGCAGCCUCCAGCUGUCAUGAACCCAGUAACAACACCAUAUGUUCAGCCCUAUCCAUACAAUUCAUCACCAGCUGUAGUGCUAAAGCAGCAAGUUCCCAUAGGAUACCAACCGGCUUACAACUAUCAGGCUCAACCACAGUGGGUUGCUGGGGAGCCAAGAAAUUAUGUAAUACCUCCAACUCCAUACUUUAAAACUCUAUAGGUCUAUACUUCAGUAAACUAUCAUGGCUCUGAGGAUCCAGGAUUUAUACAGAUGGAAUGUGCUGUUCCAGAGCCCACGCAGUUGCCUAGCAGCCCACAAAAGAAGUCCGUGGAUAGGGGCAUGCAAACAGUACUAUCCUGUCUGUCUAAUCCUGAGAACCAGCUGACAAAUGACUUUGUAUCACAAGACAGCAAUGUAAAGGAGGGUAAGACAUACCACUUCAGAAAAGGAAAGACAGUACACAAAGCCAUAUGA